AUGUUAGUACUUCCUCUCGAUGGCUGCCACCCCAAACUCCAUCACGAGCGCCUCACUGUGACACAGUUUCCUCUCGACCCAUCAUCUCCUCAAACUAGAAUCAAUGUCCUCCUACAAAGUAAAGAUAAUGAAGUGAUCAACCUUCUAAAUCCAGUAAACAAAACAGAGGACAAAAACACGCACCCCAGACAAAUCAGAGUAAACAAAACAGAGGACAAAAACACGCACCCCAGACAAAUCAGAGGUGGUAUCAGGUGCCUAGGACAAGUAAGUGAUCAACCUUCUAAAUCCAGUAAACAAAACAGAGGACAAAAACACGCACCCCAGACAAAUCAGAGGUGGGAUCAGGUGCUUAGGACACUAAACAAAACAGAGGACAAAAACACGCACCCCGGAGAAAUCAGAGGUGGGAUCAGGUGCCUAGGACACGUAAGUGAUCAACCUUCUAAUCCAGUAAACAAAACAGAGGACAAAAACACGCACCCCAGACAAAUCAGAGGUGGGAUCAGGUGCCUAGGACACGUAAGUGAUCAACCUUCUAAAUCCAGUAAACAAAACAGAGGACAAAAACACGCACCCCAGACAAAUCAGAAGUGGGAUCAGGUGCCUAGGACACUAAACAAAACAGAGGACAAAAACACGCACCCCAGACAAACCAGAGGUGGGAUCAGGUGCCUAGGACAGCCUCUCAUCCCCACCCCCACGCCAUCUCAGCCUCUCAUCCCCACCCCCACUCCAUCUCAGCCUCUCAUCCCCACCCCCACUCCAUCUCAGCCUCUAAUCCCCACACCCACUCCAUCUCAGCCUCUCAUCCCCACCCCCACUCUAUCUCAGCCUCUAAUCCCCACAUCCACUCCAUCUCAGCCUCUAAACCCCACCCCCACUCCAUCUCAGCCUCUAAUCCCCACAUCCACUCCAUCUCAGCCUCUAAACCCCACCCCCACUCCAUCUCAGCCUCUAAUCCCCACAUCCACUCUAUCUCAGCCUCUAAUCCCCACAUCCACUCUAUCUCAGCCUUUAAUCCCCACCCCCACUCUAUCUCAGCCUCUAAUCCCCACCCCCACUCCAUCUCAGCCUCUUAUCCCCACCCCCACUCCAUCUCAGCCUCUAAUCCCCACACCCACUCCAUCACCUCUAUUCCCCACACCCACUCCAUCUCAGCCUCUUAUCCCCACACCCAUUCCAUCUCAGCCUCUAAUCCCUACACACAUUCCAUCUCAGCCUCUAAUCCCCACCCCCACUCCAUCCCCUAACCCCCUCCCAACACAGCCACUCCCUUAUUCCCACCCCAGACCAAACCACCCCAGCCACAAACCCCCAACCCCCUAUCCUACACCCCUCCCCGAAACCCCUUCUCUUUCCAUCAUAACUAAUUUAAAAGAUAAAUCUUCAAAUUCAAGAAGUUACUAA